GUAAAUAUGGCCGAAGAAAGCUUGCUUGAAGGCGAAGAUGAAAACAUUUUGUACGACCUACUUGUCAUUACGGAAUGGCCACCAGAAACGGACACGCAGUUGCGUGGCAACAAGGAGCACAAUACCUCACUAAUUGCAAAAGCAGUGACUGGGCCAUUUCGCUUAAUCUUGCAGUACUUGUGGUACAGCCCCUCCAGCUCCUCUCUGCCUCUUGGCCUCAUCCGCCUGGCAAACAAGCAGAUCAACUGGCAGCUGGUGCUCGCAAGUAAUGGCAAACUGCUGGCAGUGGUUCAGGACCAGUGUGUGGAGAUAAGGUCUGUGAGAGAUGACUUCGGAUCAGUCAUCGGGAAGUGUCAGGUGCCAAAGGACCCGAACCCACAGUGGAGGAGGGUGGCAUGGAGCCAUGACUGCACCCUGCUGGCCUACGCUGACAGCACUGGGACCACUCGCCUUUUCGACCUCAUGGGCAGUGAACUCUUUGUCAUCCCACCGGUGGUGAGUUUUCCUGGUGAUUUCAGCUGUGCAGUGGCAGGCCUGAUCUUCCUGGAGUACACAGCCAGCGCACAGUGGUCAGCUGAGCUGCUUGUUAUCACACACAGUGGAGGACUCAAAAGUUACCUUGUCAGUGUGGGAACCAAUCAGAACUUCCAGGAGAACCACAGCUUCAGUUUCUCCACUCACUACUCCCAUGGCAUCACCUCGGCUAUUUACCACCCUGGACACAGACUGCUACUGGUGGGAGGCUGUGAGUCAGGGGAUGACAGCACAUCCAAGGCCUCAUGCUGCGGGAUUACAGCCUGGAGGACUCUGUCUGGCUCGCCUCACUAUAAGCAGGUCACAAGCUAUGAAGACGACAUCAACCCGAACCAGAAAAGAGGUUUCCUCAAGAUGCCCAGCUUCAGAUUCUUCUCCAGACAUGGAGAUGAAAAGGACGGUGUGUUCCGCAUGAGUCUGAGCCCUGAUGGCACCCUGUUGGCUGUCAUCCACUUCUCUGGACGUCUGUCCCUCUGGGACGUACCGUCUCUCAAACAGAGGGCCUCCUGGAGCCAAGACCAGCAGCCAGGAUUUGAGGAGAUCAACCCAGAGUGGAAGACAUCGCUGGAGAGGAGGAAGAAAAUAAAAGAUAAGGAGCAGUACUAUCCGCUUGUGGAUGUGAGCUGGUGGAGCGACAAUGUGCUGAUCCUGGCUCGCUGCUCAGGCUCGGUCACCGUCUCCUCCGUCAGGACGCUGCGCAACCUGCUGGGAAAAUCCUGUGAGUGGUUCGAGCCAUCACCUCGAGUCACUGCGGCACAUGACGGGGGCUUCCUCAGCCUGGAGUGCGAGGUGAAGCUGGCUCAGAAGCGUGGGCGCCCAGAGAACAACCUGAGUGGAGUCGCCGGCGAGGAAGAGGAGGGCGAUGAUGGCGGGGACUCUGACUCAGAUGAAGAGUCUUCAGCCAAAGCGCGCUACUUUGGCUACAUCAAGAUGGGCCUGUACUACGUGACGGAGAUGGAGCGGUUCGCCCCGCCACGCAAACGCCCCCGCACCGUGAUGAAGAACUACCGUCUGGUCAGCCUGAGGUCGACAACACCUGAAGAGCUGUACCAGAGAAAGAUUGACAAUGAAGAAUAUGGCGAAGCUCUGUCUCUAGCCCAAGCAUAUAAUCUUGAUUCAGACCUCGUCUACCAGAGACAGUGGAGGAAGAGUACCGUCAGUAUUGCCUCGAUACAAGAUUAUCUGAGCAAGAUCUGUAAGCGCUCAUGGGUGCUGCAUGAGUGUGUGGAGCGCGUCCCUGAGAAUGUUGAUGCUGCCAAGGAGCUGCUGAUGUACGGCCUUAAGGGGACUGACCUCGAGGCCCUCAUAGCUAUUGGAAACAGGGAAGAUGGGGGCAGGUUUAUCAUGCCAGGCGACGUCGACCUUGACGACCUUCCCUACGAAGACAUGCUGUCAGACGAUGCAGAGCUGGAGAUGAAGAAGGAGAGGGAGAGCAGGAAGAGACGAGAGCUGCUGGCCAAGGUCGACUUCAGCAGGCUGACUUUGGAGCAGAAGGAGCUAUGUCGCAGCCGACUGAAACUGCUCUCCUACCUGGACCGACUGGCAACAUAUGAGGAGAUACUUGGCGGGCCUCACGCUGCAGAGCAGAAAUACGACGCUGAGUUCUUCAAGAAGUUCCGCAAUCAGAAUAUUGUUUUGUCAGCAAGAGACUACGCCAGGGAGAGUAAUGUGCAGGCUCUGGAUAUUCUCUUCACGUACCAUGGAGCAGAACUCCUUCAGCACCGGCUAGCUAUCCUCUACAACUUCCCAGAAACCACCUCUCCGCAUGAGUACACCAUCCUGCUGCCUGAAGCCUGUCUGGAUGACCAAGGCGAGCUGGUGUUGAUCCCAUGGGACGAGCAGAGACACAGAGAGAUGGACUGGUGCGAAGUACAGGAGUGCAGAGCAGUGCUGGACCAGAACUUGUUCGACAAUGACAGUUUCCUGUACGAGGAGGCUCCAGAGCUGCUAAGAUUCCGCACAGCUGAGCCCUCCAUCGAGCUACUGACUGAUUGGUACCAAAGCAGAGCAAAAGACAUUGAUGCCUGCUCCAGACAGGUGGACUGUGCGCUGUCUCUGGUGCGGCUGGGAAAGGAGCGGGAGAUCCCGGGUCUCGAGUUCUUGUGUGAUGACUUGGUCACCAUGGAAACGCUGGUGUAUGAGACCUCAUGUGAAUUGAGUGUGACACUGAAAGAUUUGCAGCAACAAAGUGACAUCGACAAGCUCCACCUGCUCAUGAAAAAUUCCAGCACCGAGCGUUAUGUGAAAGAUGCCUUCCAGUGGAUGGUGCCCUUCCUGCACCGAUGUGAGGGACAGAAAGAGGGUGCUGCUGAGUCUCUGCUCAGAGAGUACCUGGUCAGUCUGGCAGAGCGAGACCUCACCCUGCCCCUCAUCAUCUUCCAGCACUCCAAACCUGACUGCCAGCAGAAGAUCAUCGGGGACCCAGACCAGCUGAUGGCCGUGGCUCUGGAGUGCAUUUACGGCUGCGAGAGAGACGACCAGCUCAGCUUGUGUUAUGACAUCCUGGAGUGUCUGCCGCAGAGGGGCUAUGGACCAGACAGGGACAUCACGUCAUCCCUCCACGAUCAGGUGGACAAACUUGAGAAGCAUCUCAGUGUGGCAGAGGUUCUGGAGAAACACGGCCUGCAGAAACGUAUUUCAUAUGUGAAGAACAGCCAGAACAGCGAAGAAGAAGCCCACCAACUCAUGGUGAAACUGUGCCGCCACACUGGCCGCAAGAAUCCACCUGUGAGCGAGACAGUGUGGAGAGGUCUACUGCAGGAUCUGCUUGACAUGCAGCAAAAUGUCUACACCUGCCUGAAAGCGGAGACAUGUCACCAGGUCUUUGUGGAGUCCCUGCUGUGCUCCAGCCGUGUUGAGAACGUACGCUUAGCAGGGCAGCUCAUGCACUGUUCCAAGGACAACCAGGAUGUUCCCGUCAGCUUGUCCUUCCGUGGUAAAGGUUAUGCUCUGAAGGUGGCCUACAACAACAGCGUUGAGUUGGUUUUGGCAGCUGCUAGAGAAUAUUUCAACUCUUCCACAACGCUGACAGAUUCAUGCAUGGAUUUGGCCAGGGCAUGUCUCCAGCUGAUCACAGACUGUCCUCCAGCCAUCCAGGAUGAACUGGACCUCAUCAGCGCCCUCAGCCAACUAGAAGACUUUAGUGUCAACAUCCUGCCAUUGCAAGUGCGUCUGCGAUCAGACCGUCUGUCUCUCAUAAAAGAAUGCAUCGCCCACAGCUCCACCACCUACAAGCAGUCCACCACUCUGCUGAAUCUCGCCUCACUCCUCAGAGUGGCAGGAGAUGACAAGGACACACGGAAAGGUCAAGUGCUGACCCUGCUGGCCGAGCAGGCUCUUCAGUGUCUGGACUUCAAGGCCUCGUACAUCCACUGUCAGGACCUCAUGGCUGCAGGUUACAGUCCGGCGUGGGAGGUUUGCAGCCUGCUCGGUCAGUGUGAAGGAUACACAGAGCUGGAGGCCCGGCAGGAGCUUUUAGCCUUCUCUCUUACCCACUGCCCACCUGACAGCAUCCAUGGCCUCCUGGCUGCCUCCAGUGACCUGCAGACUCAGGUGUUGUACCAGGCGGUUAACUAUCAAAUGGAGCCUGUUAUUACAGGAAGUGGACGAGAGGCAGACGAGACGGACUCUAUGAAGGCCUCUUCUCCUCCUGCAGGCUCCCCUGUGGGGACAGCAGGAGACCUCCUGCACAGAACCACAGCUAAGACCAUGGAGGUGCUCACCACCACAGGACUGACCACCAAGGCUGUGCUGACCGCAGUCAGUGACCAUCGCUGGUGGAAGGAAUCCCUGAACUACCUCAGGCCACUGCAUGGUCACGACACGGGAGACAUCGGCCGGGGAGGAGGGGCGUGUGAGAACUCCAACCUGGAGCGUCAGGGCUGCAACCCCUUUUAUCAAGAGCUCAUUGAUGAUCCCCAUGUGGACCUGAGUCAAGACGUUUACUCGGCCUACAAAGACACACCCCAGGAAAACUUUGCUGAGGUUUUGUUGAGGACGGGCAAACUGGCCGAGGCAAAAACUGAAGGAGAAACUCUGUUUCCAGCUACAGAAGUUUUGCUUCAGCUGGCCAACGAUGCGUUUCCGAGGGACAUGAUGCUGGCUCUGUCCUACUUACUCGCCCUGCCUCAGGUGCUGGAUGCCAACAAGUGUUUUGAGAAACAGUGUCACUCUGCCUUGUCACUCCAGCUGGCCGCCUACUACUACUCUCUACAGAUCCACUCUCGCCUCAUGCCCUGCUUCAAAAAUAAGGACCACACGCUCUACCAGGCUGACCCAAAGGAACUGAUCCGAUUGGUUACACAGCAUGUGUCUGCGUAUUCUGAUUGGCCAGAGGAGCUGCAGAAGCUUAUUGGCCAGCUGCAGGUCUACAACGAGCGUCUGACAGACUUUACCCAGGCUCAGGUGUUACAGGGGUUGGGCCGCGGCGUGGACGUCCAGCGCUUCAGCUCCGACUCUGACUACAAGAAGGAGACCAUCCUUGGCCUCACAGAGACUCUGGAUGAUGGCGUGUACAGGAUCGCUCUGUCUCUGGCGAAGCGCUACAGUGUUCCUCUGUGGGAGGUCUACAUGACUCACCUCGAGUUUCUCUUCACAGAUAGCGGUCUUUCCACCAAGGACAUUGAAUCCCGAAGUGACUCCCUGGGCCUGUUUGAGACAUUGAAGAGCGACCCGCAGUGUUUUUAUAGCCACAUGACCAAAUACGUUCUGCCCACGGUGGAGGGGACCGACCAAGCCCGUCUGCUUUACUACUACACCUUACUAGAUGCAGCAGGAUGUGAGCCCUACGUCACCACCAUCAUCAAGCCGGACUCUCAUGUCAAACUGCUGAAAAAGCUUAAAGCUGUUGCAAAUGGUUUGAACUACCGAAAGCUGACUGAUGAAUCAUCUGAUCCCCUUGAUACUUUACAACCCGUCCUCACUAGUCAAAACGUUCUGUCCAUCUCCAAACUUGCAAACCGACUGCCUAUGCCUGGAAGGGGAGGGGCCACUGUCUCCCCCAGUGCAGUCCAUGCAGUGUGGCUGCAGAAGCUCUUCUGGAAUGGAGACCCCCAGCUGCUGAAGAGACCUCCGCAGAGUGACCAGGACUAUCUCCAUGCUUAUGACACCUGUGCCAAAUUCCUGGACAGGCUGGUCCCUGCUGAUGCUGUGCACUUCCUGGAUAACAUCACGUUCACAUCGGAUGCAGCAGAACAUCUGAGCAUCCAGGCGAGGUCGGAGGUGAUAAAGCGAGCCACCAAAGCUCUGCGCCAGCUGGGGGAGAAGAGCAAAAAGAGAGGAGGCAAUGGUGGUGGCGGCACUGAGCAGGAAGGGCCCGACCCAGCAGGGAUGACUUUUGAUGAGGCUCAAGCACAUCUGCAGCAAUCACAAGCCCACCUGGACACCUUGAGCCAUGACUUCAUUCUGUCACUCAAAGACAGCCUGCAGGACUACAGUCAACUCUAUGAUCUGUCCCGAUCUGAGAAGUCAAAGAUCCAUGAGCUAGCAGUCACCAUGGCAACAGAUGGACAGCCUCUGGAGCGCAUUGGAGAGCUUCUUUGUGUGGCUGUCGGACCCCUCGACCUGUCCAUCAAGACUGUGCUCAGAGAUGCCAUCGAAAGAGUGGUUUCUGCACUACGUGGAGACCCAGACGCCCUUAUGAAGUACCCACAACCCCUCAGGGUCCUGGAGGCCAUGGUGACAGCCGUGCACAACAAUGUCCAGACUGGCGACAACGCCGUGACUUCAGACGACCUCCUGGCCUGGCUGCAUCCAUUCUGCGGAGACGCCUCUCUGCCAGUGCGGCCUCGGAUCAACGUGCUGCAGAUCCUGGAGAGUAACUUCAGCCUGCAAGACAGCGACGUUCGACUUCUGCUGCUCUACAGAACUCAGGCUGUCCUCAAGGACAGAGAGGUUCAGAUUGAAGAUGUGGAAAAUGAAGGGAAGAGAUACACUCUCUUUCAAGAGCUGCUGGAAGCUGCACAAAAGUGGGGGGACUUUCAACUGCUCAUUCUGCUUCUCCAAGCAUGGCCGCCCAUGAUGAAAGAGGACGUGGCAGAGUCGGAGCGUAACCCUUGGGUGCUGCUGACCUCAGCCAUGCUGACCCGCUGCCAGGGGCCAGAGGGCAAAUUAGACCUGGGUCAGCAGGUCAUCAGCAUGGUGCGAUCCCUUUAUAACACCAAACAGAAGCUACCUGUGCAGUGUAUCAGACACAUAUCUACCCUUCUUCUCCAAAACCAGCCGAGCCUCCAGCAGCCUGCACUCAAACUGAUGGCGGAGAGUGCUGAUGAGCAGCUGCUGCAGCAGACUCUGGAUCAGAUCAACAGCAUGACUGCAGAGACUGCCUCCUCCUGCGAUGCCGAACUCCUCUCAUUGCUCCUGGAUGCGGGGCUCCUGGUGGGCUGCGUCUCCUCCACCCUGUACCCCCUGCUCAGCUCCCACAUGCUGUCCCACCAGCAGGAGGGAGGCUGGGACAUAGAGAAAGCCGCCGCUGAACUGCUGGCAGCCGGCCACGGGCCCGAGGCGGGCUCCCUGCUGCUGGCUUACCGCGGCACCCACCAGGCCCAUUUCACCUUCAACUCCGCCUUGGCUGUGCUCAAGAAGUGGCUGUGAGAAAGGAAGGAAGCAGUGUGACGGCGAGGCAGGUUUGGAUAGCAGGCCCCGUCCGUGGUAAUAAAGCUGAUUUAGGAAAGAUGUCAAGAGUGGAGUGGAAUUAGAUUGGACUGAGAUCUGAGGAAAUUAGCAUGAGGUGAGAGCAGGACAAAAUAUCAAGCCGUAACUCUGCAUUUUGUUCCGUAAUUGAGUUUAGGGUUCAUAAACGUCAAUAGCAACUGCAGUGUCUGCCUUGAAGGUACAAGAGCGGAUACCUUUAAUACUGAAACAUCUGCUCAAUUUCAAACACACACACAUGGACACACGGGUAAACCUCUGCUGUCUCUCAGCCGUGAAUAAAUUUUCCAUCUGAUCAGAAAUGCGUUUAUUUGUCGGCCAUUGUGCGAUGGAGUAAUUGAGCAGUAGCCGGUAAAGGCUGGGUUUCAUUAGCCUAUUGUUGCAUGACAGGUUAGCCUCUUUGACGUCCCGCCGUUAAACACCCUGCCUCUGCUGCAUUGUUUCCCCCCUAAUAAUGUCAAAUUAAUUCCUUCCAAACAAAUUAGCCCCCAGCUGCCCCACGCUGUGUAUUCCUGUUUGUGUGGAUUCAGAGAUAGUGUAGACGAGCUCUGAAACCCUGGUGAUAUAAUGUAGAGCAAAUUAUGACGGGGAAUAAACUUCUUUGUGUGUUUUACACACACAAUGAGGCUGUCAGCAUGGUUUGUUUCACUUUAUAAAGCACCAGUUUCCUUUUGUCCAACCUUACAAAGUUGAAAUAAAUAAAUA